CCAGGCGGUGGCACCAUGGCUAAGUGGCUAAACAAGUACUUCAGUUUAGGGAAUAACAAAACUAAGAGCCCCCCGCAGCCUCCCCGGCCGGACUACCGCGAGCGCGGGCGCGGGGGCAGCAGCAGCAGUGGUAGCAGCCGGGGGGCGGCGGCGGCGGGGGCAGGUGGUGGCUGUGAGCGGCGGCAGCAGCAGCCCCCAGCCGCCUCCUGCUCGUCCUCGUCGUCCUCUUGCUUUUCAGCCUCAUUCCGGGAGGACAGCGGCAGCACCAGCGACCUCAUCCGCGCCUACCGGGCCCAGAAGGAACGCGAUUUCGAGGACCCCUACAACGGCCCCGGCUCAUCGCUGCGCAAGCUGAGGGCCAUGUGUCGCCUGGACUAUUGCGGGGGCCAGGACAGCAGCGGGGACAGGACCUUCUCCUCAGCCUCCUCGUCCGCAGGCUGCUGCUGCACCUCUGGUGGCGGAGGGGGAGCCGCCGCCUCCUCCUCAUCUUCCUCCUCCCCGCACCUUUUCCGCAGCAAUAGCGAGCGGCGGCCCGCCACACCGCCUGAGGUCAAAUACAUCUCCCCCAAGCACCGGCUCAUCAAGAUCGACAGCGGCUGCGGUGGUGGCGGUGGCGGUGGCGGUGGCGGUGGAGGAGACCCUGGGGGAGGCGGCAGUAAGAGUAGCAGCAGCAGCGGCAGCAGCAGCGUCCGAACCUGGAGCCCGUCCGCUUGCGGCAGCAGCAGCAAGAAAGUGCUCAACAGGUGCCCUGAAGAGAGUGGCGCCGCCGGAGGCAAGAAAGAUAAGGUUAUCAUUGCUGAUGAUUACUCAGAUCCUUUUGAUGCCAAAAGUGAGCUGAAGAAUAAAGCAGGAAAGGGGGAAAGCACUGGCUACAUGGAGCCCUAUGAAGCUCAGAGGAUUAUGACAGAAUUUCAGAGGCAAGAAAGCGUGAAAUCCCAGAAUAAAGGCGUCCAGUUAUAUGACACACCUUAUGAACCAGAAGGCAAUGGGGUAGAUUCAGACUCUGAAAGCUUGGUCAGCCAGCGUUUACGAGAAAGCAAGUUGCCCCAGGACGACGACAGGCCUGCAGACGAGUACGAUCAGCCUUGGGAAUGGAACAAAGUCACAAUUCCAGCCUUAGCAGCUCAGUUUAAUGGUAAUGAGAAGAGGCAGUCUUCCCCCUCACCUUCCAGAGACAGGCGUCGACAGCUCCGAGCCCCAGGUGGAGGCUUCAAGCCUAUCAAACAUGGAAGCCCAGAGUUCUGUGGGAUAUUGGGAGAAAGAGUCGAUCCUACUGUCCCACUGGAAAAGCAAAUCUGGUAUCAUGGAGCAAUCAGCAGAACAGAUGCCGAAAAUCUCCUCCGGUUGUGUAAAGAGUGUAGCUACCUUGUAAGAAAUAGCCAGACAAGCAAGCAUGACUAUUCUCUGUCACUGAAGAGCAACCAGGGCUUCAUGCACAUGAAGCUGACCAAAGCCAAAGAGAAAUACAUCCUGGGGCAGAACAGCCCCCCGUUUGACAGCGUCCCCGAAGUCAUUCACUACUACACGACCAAAAAACUGCCCAUCAAAGGAGCGGAACACUUGUCCCUGCUCUAUCCCGUGGCUGUCCGGACCCUAUGAGGAGAGGGGCCGACCCGCUCCCCUGUUCCCACGCGUGGACGCCGGGCCCGGAGAAGCGAGGAAGGGAGCAAAGGCUCCUCCCUGAGCAUCAACCAGAACUCUGGACGGAGAAGAAGCCGAAGCUCACCGCCUGUCACCACAGAUUGACUGGCUGUGUUCAGAUCCUUAGUGGUACUUUGGCACUGCUGUAUGUCUUUAGAAUUAUGUUUCUAUUUAAGGGGGUGGAAAAACCAUAUUUAAAUGUGAUAGCAGAUAAUCCAGCCCAAUCCCACCCCCACAUCUCCUUGUCCUUCCUGUGAAUUAAAAUAUUUUCAAAUCCAAAGAGACAUCUUCCAGGGUAAACAGAGCAAAGCAGCUUAAGCAAACAGUGAGCCCCAAGGAUUUUCAUUUCUUUGUUCUCCUGCCGUCAAGAACUUACUCCUGCGUAUAGUCAAAUAAUAAUAAUAUUAAGAGUGGUGAUUCUCCGCUGGUGCUCUACGGUCCCUACUGAUAACGAGAACAGACAGAUGCUGGGUCUUUCCGGACCUGGAGAAUGGUAGCAUGUUCAAUUCAUUCCCCCCAGGAGUCCCCAGAACUCUGCCUCUUCCGCAUGUGCGAGUGUGUGUGCGUGUGUGUGUGUGUGUGUGUGUGUCUGCACACGAGUGUAUGUAUGGGUACGGGGAGUAUGCGUGCUUUCAUAGGCGCUGGCUGAGGCAAAUCCAACACAAAUCCUUUCUCUUCCCUUGAUGUGACUAGGAGACCUCUCUCAAUGAAAUCAUUUUGCAGUAGCAGAAAGAAUUCAAUUAUUUAUGACUAGGGUAUGUAAAUAAAAUAGUGGUUUAAUAUAUAUAUUUUUCAUCUUUUUUUUCCUUUGGUACAACAAUAAAUCUCUAUGGGUGUAUCUGUUCACUCCUGAGUUUCAUUCAGAAGCUGAGUCAGACGCUGCUUCUGUCUUCUCCUAGUGAGCGGCCAGUGGUUCCUUCAGGAGACGAGGUCAUUCCAGCACAGCUGGCGCAGGGGGCGGGUGUCGCAGGACUUCUGAAGGCUCUCCUUGUUGAUCUCAUCUCAUUUUCACAAAUAGUGCACGAACGAGUCGCUCUAAAAUAGCCAGCUCACACUCUCCGAUGUCCUUUUUGCCUCAGGGAUAGAAACGCGUGCUAGAAAUGGCGCUUCCAUUUCUCCAAGUCAAAGCGAAUCUUGAGUAAACAACGUAGAGCAACCCGUAAAUCUGGCCUGUCGGAGAGCAUCGAAGGCUGAGGGGUCUGAGCACCCCAAAAAGGGUCACCUCUAUAAAUAAGCACGAUGCCCCCCCAUCCCCAUUUGGAAAUACUCUGGCUUCUCCUUCUAGCUGAAUAUGCCAUUCAGGCCCAGAUGCUAUCUAGUGGCUUGGAAGGAAAAAAUGUCCAUUGGCAAGUUGUGUUGCUUUCAGAAAUACAACCUGAACCCUCCUCCCCCCCCUCAUUCCCCAACAACUCCCGGGACCCUGGGAGCGUGCUGAGUGGGAUGAACGCCAGACCUGUUCAGAGCCCGCUAAACUGUCGAAUGCCCCGUUUCUCCAUUGGUAAUGGAGGCCGGGCUUGCGAGAGGAACCUCUGACGGUGUGCGCUCUGACAUCGCACAGGCUUUGCCCCAUUUUUCUUUAUCAGAUACAUUCCAUGAGAUCAGAUUGCCGGGUGUCAUCUGUGCUUGGCUGCCCUUUCUUAUGACCUGCCAGGAAGCUGAUGCUGCACUUUGCACGGAAAUGCCAAGCAAGGGCAGCACGACAAGAGAAGCCGUUAGGGAUGUCGUCAUCUUCUCUCUCCCUCACCAGGGACAGAAAGGAUCGUGCCCUGCGCUGUUGGCCGUUCUUCCUAAAUGGGCAAGUCUGGAGUUGUACAAAUGUCUACAGCAGCUCUGCAGCCCGCCCGAUGACAUCUCCACACACUAAAUUAGUUUCCUAAUCCAGAGAAGUCCUAUCUUCUCUCUGGAAAGUAAUAAUAAUGGUUUGGGGGGUUUUAAGUGAAUUUUUUUCAUAAGAAAAUGCUCUGCUCUGUACGUGCAGCAGAAAUGAAAACAAGAGUUUGUUUGCACUGUGACGUUGUCUUAUACAUGCAAUCAUAAGCCACGUUAUCAAGGUUACCCAAGAUUCCUAAGCCAUUCCCCCCGGUGAGGACCUAGAGAGUAGAACAGCCACGAGUUCUCUCCCAGGUUCACUCCCCCUUACCAGUUUUUGUUUGUCUUUUUUUGGUGAAUCUCUCCCGCUUCCUCUAAUUGUGACUACUUCCUGUCUAUCAGCCUCUAUUCCUCUUUUCUUAAACAUCCAAUAAUUAAGGCUAUUUUUCUCUUUCAGGACUACUCACAUGGAGAUUACUUGGGAUUUUUUUUUUUGGCUAAUUCCAAGUUUAGCAUGUCAGCAGCAAGUAGUGAAAAUAAUAAUUAAGCUCUAUUUCAUAUAAGGAGAAAAAAAAGGGCCUGUCACGGCAUCUCAGUGCUCCUCAGUAUUUUAUCUUUGGGGAGAGAAAAAACACUUUUAAUGUAUUGCAUGCAGAAUCAGAAUAUAGAAAUGUAACAGUGCUGGUCUUAGGGUCAAGAACACCUGGGUUCACAUUCCACCUUUCACACAUUAAUGUUGCAACUUAGUGGAAAGACACUUAAAACUAAAGCUCUGAGCUUCGGUUUCAUCUUUAAAAUGAGAGGACUGGUAUCUUUUUCAGCUCUCAAUUUAUGAUUUUAUGGCAUCUCCAGCCACAAACGUUUUUUUAAACCCUUACUUUCUGUCUUAGUGAAAAUUCUAAGACAGAAGGGGAAGGGCUAGACAACUGGGAUUAAGUGACUUGCCCAAGGUCACAUAGCUAGGAUAUCUAAGGUCAGAUUUGAACCAAGGUCCUUCUGACUCUAGACCUGGCCUCUUAUUCAUGGAGCCACAUAGCUGCCCAACAAAACUUAUGAUGACAUCAUAACACCUACAAAUUCAACUGUUUGGCAAAUAUAAUGCUACCACUGCAGAUGCUUUUUUCCCCAUUUAAUCACCCAGAGCAAAUUUCCCCAUUGCAUCCCAGAAAAACCUGUAUACCUUCUAUAAAGGAAAAGGAAGGGUUAUGGAGAAAAGAAUCUCUUACUUGUGAAUCCCAGGUUCCCCCUUAGUGCUUCAAUGAGUGGGGUAUAAACCAUAAAAAGGAAAAUGUUGAAUAGUAAAGGGAUCCUUAACAAAACUGCCUUUUGCAAGAUUUGUUUCAUUUUUUUUAAGUCCUUAUGUUCCGUCUUGUCAAUUCCAAGGCAGAAGAGCAGUAAAGGCUAAGGCAACUGGGGUUAAGUGACUUCCUCAGGGCCACAGAGCUAGGAAGUAUCUAAGGUCAGUUUUGAAUCCAGGACUUCCUGUCUCCAAGCCUGGGUCUCUAUGCACUGAGCACCUUAGCUGCCCCCAAGAUUUCCUCUUUGAAAAGGGUGAAUGGAACCUUCUCUGUGAUUUCAUUGAUGUAGGGACCACCAAGGAAAACUGACCAUUUUCCAAAGCCAAGUCAGUUGCCUAAAGUGCCGAGAUCAAGUAACUGUCCCAACAAUGGCAAAGAUAGGGCUGCUACUUGGGUCUUUCUGACUCAGAGAUUGAGCUGUCAUAUAUCCCCAUCCCCCUCUUUUGUCUCUUUUUCUUUUUCAAAAACUUUAUUAAAUUGCCCUGAACUGCUCCUACAAGCCUUGAUGAGACAAGGUUUUUUUCUGCAUUCCCUGAAAAAUGGCAUUUCUUCAUUCCAAAAGAUUUUUCCAAUGCUGUCCUUCCACAUUGCUCUGGUUUGGAAGAAUAUGAAUGUUGUUAAAAUACUGACAAAGCAAGAAACAGAAUCAUUAUUUGAGGAAGAGCCCCAAGAUAAUCAAAUAGUCAUUUCUCUGGAAGAGGUUCACCAUCCGUUCGGAAAUGAAAUGACGCUAUCUUUGUAAGGGUUUGAAAUCAAGUUCUGGUGUGAUUUUGUACAGGGCGCCCUGAGAGUAUGACAGCUAGAUGUAACCCAGUAGAUAAAGUGCUGGGCCUGGUUCUGGAGGACCAGGCACAAAUCUUGCCUCAGACAUCUCCUUGCUGUGUGACCCUGGAUACAUCACCUAUCCCCAAUUGCCUAGCCCUUACUGCUCUUCUGCCUUAAACAUCAAUACUUUAGUAUCCAUUCUAAGACCAAAAGUAAAGGUUUGGGGGUUUUGUUUUGUUUUUUGUUUAGUUUUUCUUAACUCAUUCAUGGUUCUUUGGGAAAUCAAUUCAUUUGACUCUCUCAGGUUUGCCAUUUGGCUCUCCUGGAUCCUUUCUCGCCACUCUAAGCAGAACAUCCCAUAGGUGUGCAGAAGUAGUGGUUGCACCCAUCAUCUCACCCCUUCUUCACAGAUCAACCCACAGAAGGUACAUUUGGCGUGCUGUCAGGAGCCUUUGUCUUACUCUGUUUAUCCUGUGAAUCCCAUUAAGGAUUUAGCCUCUGACACAGCACUUUGGAUUGUUGGAACCUUUUCACCCUUUGAAGUUAGUUUUCCCAACAGCAACAGAGAAGGCAAAAUCUGUCCAAAAUGAACCAGCUCCGUGCGUGACGUUAUUACAUAGUGGUGCCUUCAAGACCUCAGCACUGAUGACAUCUCCUAGGUAGGCAAGGCGGUGUCUCACCUCCAAUCCCACCAACACUCUUCUCCCAUGUGAAGUAUGUGCCAAUUAUACUCAGCUGUUUUGUGCGUCACCUGUCACUCAUCAGUCCCUGCUGUACAUUGUGUAUCUGGUAUCUACCAUUUAAAAGUUUCAUGGAAACUUUGAAUGCAAAUUGUGAGUGUUUUCAUUCUGUGUAAUAAAAUGUAUAAAGAUGUAUAUUUAAUGUGAAACUUUUAAUAUAAAAGUGUCUUGUUAAAUGCA